UGUGCGUACGAUCGCUCAGGCAGAAAGGAAAGAUGGCCGCCUGUGCACUACGUAGAGGGUUGCUUAGCGGUGUCAGCAAAUACAGCAGAAAACACUCCCAUAGAAUACUGAGUGUCACUGACAUUAACAGCUGCUUUGAGGUGUACAAGCCACGGUUACAAUGCCGAGCCUGCGGGUUGCUCGGCGGUGUUCAACAAAAGAGGUUUAUGUCGUCACGGAACAGGCCUGAAGGAAAGAUUUUGGAGCCUGUCGGUGUGUUUGAAGCAGUGAAGCAGCAUGGGAAAUACGAAACAGGACAGCUUUUUCUCCACAGUGUGUUUGGCUACAGAGGCAUUGUCUUGUUUCCGUGGCACGCCCGCCUUUAUGACCGGGACAUCACCCCUCCGGUGUCCGACAGCAAACCCGAGCCACCCGGCGCCCACGGCUCUAAGGAGGUGAAGGGGAAGACUCACACCUACUACCAGGUCCUCAUUGACACCAGGGAUUGCCCUCACAUAUCUCAGAGAUCUCAGACUGAGGCAGUGACAUUUCUGGCCAACCAUGACGACAGCAGAGCCUUGUACGCCAUCCCAGGUCUGGACUAUGUGAGCCAUGAAGACAUCCUGCCUUAUAACUCGGCAGAGCAGGUCCCAAUCCAGCAUGAACUGUUUGAGCGCUUCCUCAUGUACAACCCGGCAAAAUCUCCCCCAUUUACACCCAGAGACACCCUGAAGGCCUGGCAGGAGAAGAACCACCCCUGGUUGGAGCUGUCUGACGUCCACAGGGAGACCACAGAGAACAUCAGGGUCACCGUUAUCCCCUUCUACAUGGGAAUGAGGGAGGCCCAGAACUCCCACGUGUACUGGUGGCGCUACUGUAUCCGCCUGGAGAAUCUGGGCAGCGAGGUGGUUCAGCUGAGAGAGCGGCACUGGAGGAUCUUCAGCCUGUCGGGAACCCUGGAGACGGUCCGGGGCCGAGGCGUCGUAGGCAGGGAGCCUGUGUUAUCUAAAGAGCAGCCAGCCUUCCAGUACAGCAGCCAUGUGUCUUUACAAGCUCCCAGUGGUCAUAUGUGGGGAACGUUUCGUAUCGAGAGAACCGACGGCUCCCACUUCGACGUCAGGAUUCCCCCCUUCUCUCUGGAGAGCAACAAAGACGACAAAGCGCCCCCUGCUGGCUACACAUUCUAACUGGCACUGGCUGGCCACCACGCCAGUUCCCGACUGGGUCAUGUCUGCAGUUGUCCUUCCUCUGCGGCCCUGCCAUUCAGUCAAUUUCAGUCACAAAGAGACUUUAGAAGUGUCGACAUAAUCCAAACUCUGGCCGUCAGGCUGCACCCAGCAGCAGAGUGGGAUCGAUUAAAUGACGGAGUGGAAAUUCACUCUGCUGUUCUGUGCAUUCUUGAGACACGGACACUUGGGUCAAACGUAGAAUUACUGCAGAUUUGGUUCUGACGGGCAAUUACUGAAACACUGACCCGACUAUUUGUAAGUGGGAGGGUUUCCUGCUGAGCUUCUUGUUUGAGAAAACGGAGAGGGACUCAAAUUGAACCAGUAAGUUAUUUCUUAUUUGCCAGCUGAAAACUGUUCAUCCCUCUGUUAGCAUCUGUUUUGGGGUUAUAACAUUUAUUUUACCUGGAUCCUUUUUCUUCUCCUCAUGCUUUAUAAGCAUCAGACUACCUGGUUCGGAGUCGUGUAAGAGUGACACAACAGUGAAGCACAGUGGACAUCAUUACUUCCUACUAAACAAG